GACAGUCGCAACUCGCAUUGGCGGAGUUUAUUUAUCGUAGUAAGGAAAUGGUGAGUAUUAUACGGAGCGUAAUAUUCCUCCCUUCUUUUAAUGGCACGGUGAAACUUCAAGUGGGACAAGGAAAUUCACAGCAACUACUUAGGGGCACACUGUGUAAUUGACGUAGAAAACGGUGGCAAGCAUCUUCUCCAUUUAUAUUACGGAGUAUUUAUCAUUUAUAAAUAUUAUUUAUAUGACACUCUUGGGUUCUUUUCUUCUUAUCAAUCAGCGUUUUCCAGAACACACUAGGAUCAAUCUUCUCAUCCAUUCAAGUCAAAGCAAAAAAGUUGAAUGAAAAAUACUCCGAAUAAAUUAACAAAAUCAUAGAAAAGCUGCAAUCUUCUAAAGUUCGUGUUCAGUGAAGUUACUUCAUGAAUGGUCCAGAUGAAAUAAUAUAAAGUAUCUACUUUUUUCCUCAUCUGAACCGCGUCUAUCCAGUAAGUUCACAUUGGAGAUGCACAAAUUCACUAUGUGACUAUGUCCUUGUUGCAAUUUGGUUUGAUUUUGUACGUUUUUUUUACUGAAGUGGAAAUCAUGUGGUACAAAUGUGUUUAGAAGAGGGAAAAGCAUUAUUAACCACAUAAUCAUUUCCUUAAAAGGUAAGAUAAGGAAAGAUAUUUCAGUGAUGGAUGAAAAAGUAAGUCACUUCAUGAAUGGCCCUGAUGAAAUAAUGCAAAGCAUCUACUUUAUCACCAUUUGAACCAAUUAUAUAGUAAUUGCACAGUGGAUAUGCAUAAAUUGACUAUGUCCUAGUUGCAAUUUGGUAGUCGUAUGCAAGAUCUUUUUUUCCUGCGUUACUGUUCUACCUUCACUCCUAAGUUUUCUUCAGAUUUGACUUUGUACUGUUUUAAUGAAGUGGAACUCAUGUUGUUGAAAUUUGUUUAGAAAGGAGAGAAACAAUAUGAACCACAUAAUCAUUUCCUUAAAUGGAAAUAACAUACUCCCUAUAUUAUAGGGACGGAUGAUAAAGGAAAAAAUGAAAAUGGGACGGAUGAAAAAGGAAAAAAAUGAAAAUAAAAAAGGAAGCUGAUCAACUUUUUCUUGUCUUUGCAGAUAUUUUUGGGCAUACACUUAUACAGAUAAUACACUCCCAGCUGUGAUAAGUAGAAGUCAAAGUCAACGUGUUUUAAGUCAAAGCUCCAGAUUUUGAUUUAAGAAAAAGCAAACAAAGAAUUCAAAGUCAACUCCAAAUGCAAACCUCCGAGGUACCUCAAUCAUCAGCCAGCCUUCUCCAGAAGUUGUACCAUAAACAACCUAAACAGCUUGUUGAUGGGCAAUAUUACACCACUUUCCAAGGAGAAAAAAAUGUGUUCCUGGCCGACAAUGAGCAAUUCUUCACUUUGGACUCAUCAACCGCUUCCGACUGUGCGGCCUACGAUUCACCCACCACCGUUUCCUCAAACCGGAGUGCGUUUUCUCCUCAUUGCUCACAUUCUUAUGUCUCGGACUGUAAUACUUCUGGUUCCCCCUUAAGCGGUUCUUCUGGAGUUGUUGAUGACGGCAAUGAAAUGAGGCACGUGUUGCGUGAAUUGGAGAACAAGUUGCUGGGUCCCGACUCAGAAGUGGAUGAUGACACCGGCAGUUGUUCCUUCACGUACUUGCCAGAAUCCAAGCAGGCCAUGAGCGAUGUGGUCUCGAAGCCUUUUUCUUCUUCCUUGACAAGAUGGACCAAGAUUGUGGAGAUAGCCCCGAAUUUGGAAACAAAGGAGCUUCUCACGGCCUGUGCAGAGGCUGUUUCAGAUGCCGACGUGUCUACAGCAGAACUUCUAAUGGGUGUGCUGGAGAAAAGAGUUUCGGUUUCAGGGGAACCCAUCCAGAGGCUAAGCGCUUACAUGCUUGAAGGCCUCAGGGCACGGCUACUCUGUUCUGGAAGCACAAUCUAUAAGAAGUUGAACUGCAAUGAACCAACCGGGUCGGAGCUGAUGUCAUACAUGCAAGUCAUGUACCACAUAUGCCCUUAUUACAAGUUCGCCUACGUGUCGGCCAAUGUCGUGAUCCAGGAGGCAGUUGCCAAUGAGAACCGGAUCCAUGUCAUCGACUUCCAGAUCGCCCAAGGGAGUCAAUGGAUGUUCCUCAUCAAGGCUCUCUCGCAACGUCCCGGUGGGCCUCCUUUUAUCCGUGUGACGGGCGUCGAUGACCCUCAAUCCAUCCAAGCCCGAGGCGGAGGACUCAGGCUCGUCGGCGAGAGGUUAGCGAAAUUUGCCGAGUCCUACGGGGUGCCCUUCGAGUUCCAUGCGGCAGCCAUUUCCGGCAGUGAGGUUGAGCUGGAGAACCUCCACGUGGUCCCAGGAGAAGUCCUAACCGUUAACUUCCCCUACAGUUUACACCACAUGCCGGACGAGAGUGUGACCACCAUGAACCACAGAGACAGGCUGUUGAGACUGGUUAAGAGCUUGUCCCCGAGAGUCGUUACUCUUGUUGAACAGGAAGCCAACACCAAUUCCGCUCCAUUCCUUCUGAGGUUCCGGGAGACUUUGGAUUACUAUGCAGCAAUGUUUGAGUCUAUCGACGCGGCCCGCCCGCGGGAUGACAAGCAGCGGAUCAGCGCGGAGGAGCACUGUGUUGCGCGGGAUGUUGUCAACUUGGUGGCUUGCGAGGGGGGUGAUAGGGUGGAAAGGCACGAAGUCUUUGGGAAAUGGAGGAUGAGGUUGAUGAUGGCCGGGUUCAGUCCUUGCCCGUUAAGUGCUUCGGUUGGGCAGGCCAUGAGGCAAGUGUUGAGCGAAUACAGCCCUAAUUAUUGGCUUCAAGAAAGCAAUGGUGCGUUGUGUCUUGGAUGGAAGGGUCGGGCUUUGGCAACUUCCUCAGCAUGGAGAUGAUUAAAAAAAGCAAGUUUUCAUUUAGUCUGUAAAAUUUGUGUACUAAUUUCUUCUAGAGUUUAUGAUGAUGGUUCAGACAGUCCUCUAAACCCAUCCAUCCCUGCAAGGUCGUGGAAAUGGAAAUGGAAAUGGAAAUGGAACUGUUUUGGUUCGAAGAGAAUGUGCACACCCUUGCCUCUGGUGUGUUGUUUUCUGUGUAUACUUCUUGCAGCUAUUUUAACCUUAUGUUUCGCAG